AUGGAGAUCAAGAAACCCCAACAAAACGCCUACGUCCUGGGCGUAGGCCUGACGAAAUUCAUCAAGCCCCGCCAACAGCGCUCCUACGUAGAAAUGGGCUUCGAAGCGGGCGUGAAGGCCAUGCUCGACGCCCAGAUCACGUUUGAUGACGUGGAAAUGGGCGUCGCGACGUUCUGCUAUGGGGAUACGUGCAGUGGACAGAGGGUGUUCUAUCAGUUUGGCAUGACGGGGAUUCCGAUUUACAACACCAAUAAUGCGUGUGCGACGGGAUCGACGGGAUUGCACAUGGCGCGGACGCUCGUUCGGGCGGGUGCGGCGGAUUGUAUCAUGGUGGUGGGGUUUGAGCAGAUGCAGCCUGGUUCGAUCAAGUCCGGGUGGAGUGAUAGGCCUAGUCCCAUGGGUCUUGCCACUCAGAUGAUGGAAGAUGAAUUCGGCAAGCAUGAUAGCCCCAGGAAUGCGCAGUACUUUGCGAAUGCUGGACGAGAGUACAUGGAAAAGUGAGCGACCAUGGUCAUUUGGAUCUCUCGAAAAGCUGACUCUUGUCCUUAGGUAUGGGGCCAAAGAGGACGACUUUGCAGAAAUCGGCCGUAUCAGCCACGAACACUCCACUCGAAACCCCUACGCCCAAUUUCAGCAAGAAUACACCCUUGAUGACAUCAAGAAGUCGACCAUGAUCCACUUCCCUCUCACCAAGCUCCAAUGCAGCCCCACCAGUGACGGCUCCGGAGCCGCGGUCAUUGUAUCUGAGCGUUUCCUCAAGUCCAAGCCACAUCUCAUGAACCAGGCAAUCCUCAUGGCAGGCCAGCAGCUGCAGACCGACCCUCCAUCGCUCUUCUCCAAGAGUGCGAUGGAUCUGUGCGGUUUCGGAAUGACCAAGAAUGCCGUGGAGCUGGCGUAUAAGGAAGCUGGUGUCGGACCAAAGGACAUCGCAGUAUGCGAGCUUCAUGACUGCUUCUCCGCCAACGAGCUCAUCCUGUUGGAAGGUCUUGGUUUCGCCGAAAAGGGCAAAGCCCACGACUUGGUCCGCAACGGCGACAUCACCUACGGCGGCAAAGGUCCCAUCAUCAAUCCAUCUGGCGGUCUGAUCUCCAAAGGUCAUCCUCUUGGUGCCACCGGUCUGGCUCAAUGUGCUGAACUGACAUGGCAGCUGCGUGGAUGGGCGAAUAACCGCCACGUUGAUGCCAAGGCUGCUCUACAGCACAAUCUGGGGCUUGGUGGAUGUGUCGUAAUCAAUGUAUACAAGCGUGCAGAUGGCAAGCAGAACAAGAAGCUGUCAGACCAAGAGGCAAUCAAGGGUACCAAAUGGAACUACAACCCAGCGACAGCAGCCAGGACGCCCUCGAUGGAAGAGGCGAAACAGGUGCUGAGCAAGAAGUAUGCGGUGCAGUACGCUCUGGCCGACACCCCAGAGAAGAUCCAGUCGAGAUUGUAA